AUGCCGAAGAAGAGCAAGGUCAAGAGGCAGAGCAGUGAAGAAGAGCAGCUCGCUCCCAAACAGAGCCGAGUGGAGCCCGGCGACCCCCCCGCUCUCCUCUCCCCCCUGAGCUUCCACGGCCCUGCAGACCUGUUCAGCAGCCUCCUGCAGCCUCUGAACUCAGACACAUUCUUCAGGGAGUUCUGGGAGAAGAAGCCACUCCACCUGCAGAGGUCUGACCCCUCCAUAGCCGCCUACUACAAGUCUCUGUUCCAGCUGUCAGACCUGCAGGCUCUGUGCUCUGAGGGUCUUCAGUACUACAGCGAUGUCAACGUGGUCCGCUGCAUCAACGGCCAAAAGAAAGACCUCAACAAGGAGGGCCGUGUCAAACACAGCGUCCUCAACAAGAGCCUGCUCCAGAAUAAAGCCACCAUCCAAUUCCACCAGCCCCAGAGGUUUAAGGACGAACUGUGGAAGAUCCAGGAGAAUCUGGAGUGUUUCUUCGGGACCUUGGUGGGCUCAAAUGUCUACAUGACACCGGAGGAUUCUCAGGGUCUCCCAGCUCACUACGAUGAUGUCGAGGUUUUUAUUCUGCAGCUGGAGGGACAGAAACACUGGCGUCUCUACAGUCCUACUGUUGCCCUGGCAACAGAGUACAGCGUGGAGUCAGAGGACAGGAUCGGCAGCCCCACACAUGACAUCACACUGAAGGAAGGAGAUCUUCUGUACUUCCCCAGAGGAACCAUCCAUCAGGCCAGCACUCCAUCAGGAGUCCAUCACUCCACCCACCUGACCCUCAGCACCUACCAGAGAAUGUCAUGGGGAGAUCUGCUGUUGGAUGUUCUUCCCAGCAUGCUUUCUGAAUCCAGCAGGACUGAUGUCAGCCUGAGAGAGGGCAUGCCCCAAAGAAUCCUGCUGGGCAACGGUGGAAGUGAGGACACCUGCAGGCGGCUGGCAGCUCACCUCAGGUCCCUGGCUGAUGUGAUGGAAACGGGGAAACUUGAAGUUAGAUGCACUCACCUGAAGAGAGACUUCAUCACGAACAGACUGCCUCCAUACAGCGAGCAGCAGAUCGCUCCAUCUGGAAGGAUCCCUGCCCUGGAGGAUGUGGUGUGUUUGAGGUUUAAAGAGCACAUGGUGAUAACAGUGGAGCCCUCCCAGCAGAGAACAGAAGAGGCCACAGAGCAGGUUGUGUUUGUGUUACACUCCCUGAAGAACCAGAGGGAGAGCCACAUGAUGGGUGAAGGUGAUGAAGAGGAGGACCGGGAUAUCUCCAGGGGUCUACAGUUCCCUCUGUCCCACCUCCAGGCCCUGCAGCAGCUUCAGAAGGAGGAGCAGGUCCCCGUGGUCCAGCUCCAGCUGCACUCACAGGAGGAAAAACUCAGUCUAGUCCUUGCCCUGUGGUCGGAGUGCCUGCUGGUGGCGCUAUAACCCAGCACUACAUCUAUUUUAUCAUUUUAUUGUCUUUCUUUGACUCUGCGUGUUCUUUACUGACUCCUCUUUAAUAAAGCCGACGCAGGUCCAGCCCUGACUAUGAAUGUUACAUGCUUGGCAAAAUUGAGGCAUUCAAAUGGACUACUGCUCUCGUUCCAGAAUACAAACACUGACAAAGUAAUGAUUUGUUGAUGGAAGUAUGUCUGACUCCACUAGAGGAGGUUGUGAAAUACCAUAGCUACGAUUGGACUGGUUCUGGUUGACCUUACCGUCAAGUUAGCAAGUGGCAAACUGGUUGUAUGUUGAAUGGUGAAAUCAUGUACUUUUUUUCAUAUUCUUUGCGUUACCCUUGGUACAAAUGCAAUGCACGCUAUCCCUCUAGCUUAUUGUGAAAUCUGAAGGCAGACGACAGCACAUCUUCUUUUAUGCUACGCAUUUAUGCUUUUCAACUGAAAUGAUCUAGUAUGAGGAAAUAAAAGCAUGAAUAUUUGAUUCUGUUUUGUUAAAAGAUUAAAUUGACCUGAUCUUUGAGGUGUUUCGAGGUUGAUAAAAAAGCAGGAUUAAAUAGUUUCUUGAUGUUUUGAUUGAAACUUAGGUCACUUUCAAAUGUAACUCCCAAGUUUCUAACAAGGCUUUUAACAUUUGAGAGUAGUGGGCCGAGCAGUGGCUGGAUCUGGUUCCGACUAUUCUCAGGUCCAAUAAGAAGAAUUUCUGUUUUGUAGGACAAUAGUUGUAAAAAGUUUGUGACAUCCAGUCUUUUACAACAGUUAAACAGCUUUGAAGUGUAGCUGCUUUAUUGUAUUUAGUGGGUUUUAGAGAUAAAUAUAAUUGGGUGUCAACAGCAUAACAAUGACAUGAAAUGUUGUGAUGACGAAUGAUAUGACAUAAUGCGAACAUGGCAAAACAGAAUUGGACCAAGAAUUGAUCCUUGUGGUGUGCCACAUGAGGUCUCUGCAGUAUAAAUGACGAAUUAAUCAAAGAGACAUAACAUUUUGUGUUUAAAAGAGAGGAGGAAAACCAGUCAAGGGCAGUACCAGAAAUUCCUACCCCAUCCUGUAGUCUGCUUAUUAAAGUAACAUGUUCAAUGGUGUUGAAAGCUGCGCUAAAGUCAAGCCACACCAGUAUGGAGCAGUAUGCAGAGUCAGCUACCUUUCAUGAAUCCUAAGUUAUCCAUAGAGAAGUUUCUGUGCUGUGUUGUUUGCAAAACCAGAUUGAAAUUUCUCAAAAAUGCAUAUGUUGAGUCAUUUACAAGCAAGAGAAAUUCAUCCUGCAACUGUAUUAUCUACAUGUUUUAGUCUGACAUGGACAACUUUGACUUUUAGACGCACUAACCUGUGUACAUGCAUUUAAACAGUCAAGUUUUGAUCGUUUUACUCAAUAAAUCAACUUUAUAACUAACUGUUACAACUUAAUAUGUGAAAGCAUUGAGUUUCUAUAAAUAUAAAUCUGAUGUGAGUGCA